AUGGGGAAUUGUUUUACUUCCCAAGACCUCAAGGAGAAUAUGCCUUGCCAUGUCGAUAAUGGAUUGAUGCCCAUGGGUACAAACUCUCAAAGCGGGGGACAACCCAUGGGGCAGGCAGUGUACAGCCGCCACUAUGGCGCAGGUGGUGACACAGUUUCUGUGGGACCGAAUCAGUCUGCUUUAGUGUCUGCGUCCCGUGGUUCUCAUCAGCCUACGCAGCAGUAUCCCAUGAAUAUUUAUCCGAUGCAAUCAGGCCCCCAGCAGCCCUCCUCAUACGGGUACAACCCGACCCAGGUCCCUGGAAGUGGCGAACAAGCCCUUUCCGAGCGGUCACCGCGCGUCGUUAGAGUCCACGCGCUCUAUACAUACGUUGCUCAGAAUGCUGACGAUCUCAGUUUUCAGAAGGGUGACGUCAUGCUGGUACAAGCAGGUCUGUCGGAGGCCUGGUGGAUGGCUCGUCACCUCCGCACGGGCCAACAUGGCUACAUCCCGAGCAACUACGUUAGCGUCGAAAAUGGACUAUUAACUCAAAUGGAUGCUUGGUAUGAUAUCACUCGAAAAGACGCUGACAGGAUGUUGUUAAUGCCUGGACUGCCUCAGGGAACGUAUAUUAUACGUCCUAGCUCCGAUUCCCGGAGCUAUGCUCUCUCGAUAAGAUUUCAAACCGAAAAGAACAUGUACGCCAUUAAACACUACAAGAUACGAACCCGUGAUAACGGAGCCGGCUUCUACAUUACCAAUCGUACAAACUUUGCAACUGUUGCCGAUCUCAUUUCUCAUUAUCAAUCUAUUAAUGACGGUCUGUGUUGCGCGUUGACUCAGCCCUGCCCACGCAAGUACAAGCCUCCAGUGCAAUUCCGCGACAUUGAAGCCAAUCGAAAGAGCCUCGAGUUCAUCUGUGAGUUGGGCAAGGGCAGCUUCGGUGAGGUCUACCGCGCGCGUUGGAACAAGACCUUCGACGUAGCCGUGAAGCAACGUCUGGCCACGACGGAUCGAGCGCUCUUCAUUGAGGAGGCCAAGGUGAUGCACAAGCUGCACCACCGCCGCAUCGUACGCCUCCUCGGCGUCUGCACGGAGCCCCCGGAAGAACCCGUCUUCAUCAUCACCGAACUCCUCGAGAAGGGUGCCCUCCGUAACUUCCUUGAUAGCGCUGAGGGACGCCAACUUGUCCUCAGCGAUCUCAUCGACAUGAUUGCUCAGCCAGCAUGGGCAAUCAAUGCAAAGCUCGCAUCGCGGUCUAAAAGCUGUCCACUCGUGGCCUGUGCAGUUUCACUCGAAACCACCGGUCAGCAGACUCCUAGCCACCCCGAUCUCAAGCAAUUUCGUCGUCGCCUCACAAACGCAGUUGCGGGUGCUUUUGCGGCUGGGAGGGGCACAUUGUGCGUGACUCACCACCAGCGUCGACGUUGCGUCGUGCCGCGCCCCUCCUCUCGUUCUGGUUGCGCGCCGCUGCACGCCCGAAGGAAAACAAACGCUUCGGUGACACAACGCACCUCCUGCGAGUGA